ACUAUUAUUAUUCACGUCCUCGGCAUUCGUUCUGGUCGUCGCAUCCAAACCAUAUCGUCUUAGCCGUCGUCAGACCUAUCACCUAUGAGUGCAUUAGGUGCAAUUUCAGAGUGGAAGCAACAGUGACGUCGGUAAAACGGUGUUGGUUUUUUUGCGUGCGAAUUACAUAAAGUCUUGUACCGAAAAUGCGUACCUGGAGGAUAAUCGCUAUUCUCGUGGUGGUGUUCGCGUUCGUCAUGGAACUAAGGCCCUUAGACUGUUUCCUCGACGAAUACCUCACCGGCCCCGACAUGAACGUAACAGUCUCUCAGAUAAACGAAGAGCUGGUACCAAUAAGGGAGUACGCCGUCGUGUUGGUCGCUCUAUUGACGUUCACCGUUACCGACUAUCUGCUGUACAAGCCCGUUAUGCUGUUCAACACUUGUUGCGGCAUCUUCGUGUACACCAGUCUAGCGAUGCCACCUAGUAUUUUCCAAUUGAAAGUCACCGAGUGGGCCAAGUCGAUUUUCAUGUCCUAUGACAUAGUCUACAUUAGCUACAUGUUUGCAAAAAUCCACGACAAACGGUUCUACCAGGUGGCUUCCGGACUGGCCAGAACGGCCAUGCUAGUGGGCAAGCUAUGCGCAUCGAUAAUCGCCCAGACGCUGGUGCACGUAUCCGGUGAAUCCUACAAACAACUGCCUUGCUACAGCCUCGGGAGCAUGGUGUUCGCGUUUGUCUGGGCGUUUUUCUUGCCGCCGGCAAAACGGUCGAGAAGUCGAAAAGAAACCGAACUCAAAGCGCAAUUAUUGAUCGCAGCGCUCAAUAAUAACGUACCUUCCAAAAUGCCGAGCAUAAAUCCAGAAGUAAGGACGGAAGACAGCGCUCCGAAACGUGCCUGGAGAGACUUUAACGAAUCAUAUACAAACUUGACCGUUCUGAAAUGGUCAGUUUGGUAUUGUGUGGCGCUAACCGGAUACAACGUGAUCAAAGUGUCUUAUGUAACUCGAGAAUUCGGUGGCAACAACCAACAGACCAACAGACUUGUCGAAACCUUGACCACGCUGAUCGGGGCUAUCUGUUCGUACAAAAUUGGCGUGAGACGAGUGAACUGGGAAUUAAAAAGCAAUGCGUUCAUCGGAUCUGGUUCUCUGAUUCUCGGUGUGUGCGUUGUGUUUUGUUACUUUCACCAGCAACUGUUGUCCGUCUAUCUGUCCUACGCGCUAUUCGGAGUACUGAUGCAGGCGAUGAUUGUCAUAUCUCUAUCCGAAAUGGCGAAACCGUUGAAAAACAAAUGUUACACCCUCGUGUUGGGAUUCAACUCCUUCGUGUCUGUUGUGUUGGUGUUGUUAUUCAACGUGGCUUUCGUCCGAAGCGCCGAAGUGAUGAAAUUUACCGCCUCCAAACAGCUCUUGUUCUACGGAGGCAUGUACAUUGUGCUCGGUACCUUGUAUCUGAUUCCUUGUGUAGUAUCGUUCAACAGAAGACUGAAAAAAAAUAACUGUCCAAUUUAUGACGUCACCGAAUAACAGCCCACAGGAUCGUACGACGAAAAUUCUAAAUCGAAUUUUUGUUUUUGUCGACCCAAAACGAGAUUUUCACUCAUUCAUUUUUGCUUCAUUUUACAUCAUCGGAGACGACCGCCUACCCUGAUUCUCACUGCUUCCACUCAUUUGUAUAUUUACCACUCUAUAUGUGUUUCCACUCAUAUUUAUUGUAUUUCUCCUUCUGAAUACCACCAAUUAUUAUCCUUAUUCGGUCUAUGUUAUACAGAGAUGCUUUUGUCUACUUAUUUUUGAUACGAUUUCUACGAAUUUUUAUGGUUUAAUUUUAUUAUACUAUGUAAUCUAUACGAUUUUUUAUAUAAUUGUAUUAUAAUUUACAUGUUACCAUAGUAUUUGAUCCGACACUAUCAAAUGUUUGAUCUACUAUAAAACAAACAGCUCAUAUUGUAUACUUUUCAUUGAUUCACGCGUUUAGUUCAUUGACUAUUUUAUUUAAUUAUCAGUAAUAUGAUAUUGUACAUUUGUAAAGCGAUAGCUGUUAAGAAA